CGGUUGCGUGCCCCGGAUCGGGUUGUUGUCUGCCCCCUCCAGUAUCCCGUGAUGCAGUAGCGAAGCCGUGACCUCUUGCUGUCGCUCUCUCUGAAGCUGCCUUGUGUCUGGUGUGUUUCUGUACGAUGGCGGCCUCGAAGCCUGUGGAGCCGCAGUCUGGCACUGGUCUGCCCCGUUGGCAGGUUGCACUCAUGGUCGGAGCACCGAUCCUAAUAGGGGCCGGAGCGGUCUACCUGUGGAACCGCAGCCGGAAGAAGGCGAAGAAAGGCAAGCGCAACGGGGAAAGGAAAACUCCGGAGGGCGGCGCGAGUCCUGUGCCGAAGCAGGAGAAACCAGACGGGGACCCCGAGGCAAUGAAUCCUCUGGACCGGGCCCAGGCUGCGAAGAAUAAAGGCAACAAGUAUUUCAAGGCAGCAAAGUAUGAGCAGGCAAUCCAGUGCUACUCUGAGGCCAUCAGCCGGUGUCCCACUGAGCAGAAGGGAGAUCUCUCCACAUUCUACCAGAACAGAGCUGCAGCAUUCGAACAGCAGCAAAAGUGGCAGGAAGUGGUGGAUGACUGCACACGAGCAGUGGAGCUGAACCCUCGCUACGUCAAGGCGCUAUUCCGCCGGGCCAAAGCCCAAGAGCGCCUGGACAACAAGAAACAGUGUUUGGAAGAUGUGACAGCUGUAUGUAUACUAGAAGCAUUCCAGAAUCAGCAGAGCAUGCUUCUGGCAGACAAAGUGCUCAAGCUGCUAGGAAAAGAAAAAGCGAAAGAAAAAUACAAGAACCGGGAGCCUCUGAUGCCGUCUCCUCAGUUCAUCAAGUCGUACUUCAGCUCCUUCACAGACGACAUCAUCUCGCAGCCCCUCCUGAAGGGAGAGAAGGCAGACGAGGACAAAGACAAGGAGGGGGAGACGGCAGAGGUCAAAGAGAGCUCUGGCUACCUGAAAGCUAAGCAGUUCAUGGAGGAGGAGAACUACGACAAAAUCAUCAGUGAGUGCACUAAAGAGAUUGAGACUCGUGGGAAGUACGCAGCAGAGGCUUUAUUACUGCGGGCCACGUUUUACCUGCUGAUCGGCAACGCUACUGCUGCUAAACCAGACCUGGACCAGGUCAUCAACAUGCAGGAAGCCAGCGUUAAGCAGCUACGCGCUAAUGCCCUGAUCAAGCGUGGCAGUAUGUACAUGCAGCAGCAGCAGCCCAUGCUUUCCACACAGGACUUCAACAUGGCUGCAGACAUCGAUUCUCAGAAUGCAGAUGUGUACCACCACAGAGGCCAGCUGAAGAUCUUGCUUGACCAGGUAGAGGAAGCGGUGGGAGAUUUCGACAAGUGCAUUGUACUGCGUCCAGAUUCUGCUUUAGCACAAGCCCAGAAAUGCUUUGCUCUGUACCGCCAGGCUUACACAGGAAACAACCCUUCACAAGUCCAGACUGCCAUGGAUGGCUUUGAAGACGUCAUUAAAAGAUUCCCAAAGUGUGCAGAGGGGUAUGCACUGUAUGCACAGGCAUUGACAGAUCAGCAGCACUUUGGAAAAGCCAAUGAGAUGUAUAAUAAGUGCAUCGACCUGGAACCAGACAACGCCACUACAUAUGUGCAUAAAGGUUUACUACAGCUCCAGUGGAAGCAAGACCUUGAUAAAGGUUUAGAUCUGAUCAGCAAAGCCAUUGAGAUCGACAACAAAUGUGACUUUGCGUAUGAAACAAUGGGGACCAUUGAAGUUCAAAGAGGCAACUUGGAUAAGGCCAUUGACAUGUUCAACAAAGCUAUUAACUUGGCCAAGUCAGAAAUGGAGAUGGCGCACCUCUACUCGCUGUGUGAUGCUGCUUACGCACAGACAGAAGUGGCUAAGAAAUACGGAUUGAAGCCCCCGACACUGUAGCGCUACAUUCAUGCACUCUCCCAAUUGCUCCACUGCUGACCCUGAAAGUUAACUUUUUUUUUUCUUUCUUUUUUGUAACAGCUGUGUUGAAUGACAAAAUGUGUUCCGUGAUCCUGUAACUAUGUUCGAUGUUUAAGUGUCAUGGGUGUUCGAUGAGAGAGAGAUAGAGAGAGUGUAUAAAGCAGCCUGUAAAAAAACAAAUACACCUGCCAGGGGAAGGGAAAGGUUUGGUAUUCAACCCCACCUGUACCCCGUCCCCCACAACUCCAGGCACAGCCGUCCAGUUCAAAAUAUGCAUGGCCCCCCAACCCCCCAUGCACAUGAUGUUAGGCUUCAAAAAAAUCCAUGCUGGCUGUGAAUUAACCCUUUCUACCUUUGUGCAACCUCGUCCAGGGGCAGCCACUAGUAGUAAGUCACCUUUCUCCCCCUACCACCUCCCACCACUUGUCCAUGCUACAACUCAUUCUUCCAGUCUAGAUUCCUGUCUGAACCUUGUUGGAAGAUUUCUUUGAACCGAUUCAACUUCUAAUCAGGCCCUGAAGUAGAAUAUUAUUUGGCGAGUAACCCUGCAGUGGAAUGGCCUUAAGGACCAGAGUUGCCUUCCACUGCGUAUUCAUACAGCGUAUUACUCAAGGGUUUCUGCUAUCUGUGUGUUACUAAAUACUUCAGGACCUGGUUUGCAGUUUUAAGAGGAUCGAUUCUGGACAUUAAAUGGCCAUCAAGGACCAGUAUUGCCUGUACCUGGUUAAAAGUUACUGAAAACUGUUGUGCUGCACAGGGUGGUCCCAUUGUUAUCUUACUCACCCCAUUAUGACACCCUGCAAAUUGACAGGCAUCCUCUGCUAAGAUGUAAAGGGUUCAUGAAUCACAGGAGAGCUGUAAAAGAUGUGUUCGCCAAUAUACACACCUUUUUGUUUUUGUUUUUUUUAAUUAAUUUUUGUUUUAUAUAUAAUGUACAGCAUGUGUGGGUUUUCUCUUAAAUAAAUGUUAAUAUAAUUAUAGUGCUGUAAAAUUGCUUUAUAAUCCAGCCAAUUUGUUAGUGUUGGGUUUUAAUGUGAAAUUCAGCAGUUCUGUAUAAUUAAUGAUUCUUUUUUUCUUUGUCCUCAAAUGUGCUUUUUAUAUACGCUGUAGCUUUGGAAAAUGGCUUGUCAAGAAUGGCUUGUGCUGUACUGUAGUUUUGCUGGAGGGGAGUUGGAUGGUAAUCCAGCACUGAAAACACCCAACAAAUCCUGAACAGAGGCAUCUUUCAGCUCAACAGAAAAUACAUAUAUUCUGGCUAAAAUCCCUUACCCUUUAAUUCUAAUUGGGUGGGGUUUUUUGGGGUUUUGUGUGCGUUUCCUUAAAGGCAGUUACUGAUUCUGGUGCACAUGCUGCAGAUGAAUCCUUCAAACCAAGAGCCACUUCCAGUAGAUCUGUUCAGGUUCAUGUCCUAUGAGUGUGCGAGGGAAUGUCUUCACAUCCGCUAAAGUAGUUUAAAUCUGUACAUUGUUUUCUUGUAUUGGGUUUGCGAUUCCAGUCAUUUGUUAGAGAUCAGCACCAGUUGGGUGGAUGUUUGCAUAGAUAUUCUAUGCAUACUUGCUCGCAACCCAAAGAGCAACCAAUAAACAUGCAUUUUCGGUUCUCGAGUUCCAGAAUGUGUUUACUUUCUCCUUGGGGUCAUGGUUAGUAGUUUUUAAAUGCAGGCACCUUACAUCCUUAGAUUGUUCCAUCACACAUUUUUUAUUUUAAUUUUUUGUAAACAGAGCUGGCAAACAUAUCCUAUCUUUUAUAAAUGACUACUUGUUGCUUGAACAUUUAGUAGCACUCAUUUAUUGCAGUUGAGACUAUGGUACAAUGCACUAGACCAGAGCUUUCUCAAACCCAGUCCUGGGGACCCCCUGUGUCUGCUGGUUUUCAUUCCAACUGAGCUCUCGCUCACUUAACUAAACCCUUAAUUGAACUAAUAAUUUGCUUAAUUAGACCUUUGUACUUGUUUUCAGCUCUAAACUGUUGCAAGUUAGCUAUGAUAUUUUAUAAGUAACUUGAACUCUGUAACUGUUUAAGAGCUGAAAACUAUCAAAAAGGUUAAUUAAGCAAAUUAUCAGUUCAGUUAAGGGUUUAGUUAAGUGAUUGAGAGCUCAGUUGGAAUGAAAACCAGAAGACACUGGGUCCCCAGGACUGGGAUUGAGAAGCCCUGCACUAGACAACAAAUAUAAGUACUGUUGUGAAGCCCAGUUGGUUCUGGGUAAGUUUUAAAAAGACAUGAGGAUUGUGUUUUAAUUGUUUUAAAGCAGGAAAUGUUGCACCCAAUAAACCAGGUAUAUGUGUGUGUGUGCGAUUUCCAAGCAGCACAGACUAUUGCAUUUAAUCUUAACUUUGCCGUCUACACUUAAUUAAAUCAUAAAAUAAAAAAUGGGAGGUUUCCACAAGCAGCAGGUACCAUCCUGACCAGAUCAAAAAAAGGCACCCAGGUCAAAUCAGUUCAGUUGUAAGUGCAGUAAUUCUACUUCAAGAUGGAACUUCAUGACAUCAGAAUCGCUGAAAAUUCUCUGACUUUGUAAACUAGGUCAGUCAAGUUGGUGUUUGUUGAGGUUUACAGAAGCUGUUUGUAUGGCAGGUCUGGAAUGCAUGAUCUUUAUUUUUCCACCAUUCCUUGUCAUCAUGGACUGUUGCCUGUUUCUACCAACUGCACUGAAGAUGGCUUUUUGUAAAUGGAAUGUAACAAUGUAAAUUCACCAAAUAAAUAAUGUUCAAAACUGA